GAGAAAGGCGCAGAGAACAUAAACAGAGCUCAUCAUGGCGGCCGACAAUGAUCCCGAGUCUGAGGUGUUUGAGAUCACGGAUUUCACCACCGCGUCCGAGUGGGAAAGGUUCGUGUCCAGAGUGGAGGAAGUGCUGAACGACUGGAAACUGAUUGGCAGUAAUGUUGGCAAGCCUCCAGAAAAGGGAGAAUACACCUCUGGCACAUGGGAGGAGAAAUCACGUGAGAUCAACUUUGCCGAUUUCAAAUUUUCCAUCACGCACCAUUACCUGAAACAGGAAUGUCCAGAGAGCGAAGGGAAGGAGGACGACGAGGAAGAUGCUUUUCCUCUGGCCAUGCAGGACCUGCUGUGCAUGAACAACGACUUUCCUCCGAGGGCACACUGCCUCGUCAGAUGGUAUGGAGCGCGGGAAUUUGUGGUCAUCUCUCCCGGGGCGAACUGUGAAGCGAUCAUCAGCGAGUCCAAGUGCAACCUGCUGCUCAGUUCUGUCUCUAUCGCUUUAGGAAACACUGGCUGCCAGGUGCCGCUGUUCGUGCAGAUCCAGCAGAAGUGGAGGAAGAUGUACACGGGCGAGUGCCAGGGCCCCGGGGUUCGCACCGACUUCGAGAUGGUGCAUCUGCGCAAAGUUCCCAGCCAAUACAACCACCUCUCAGGCCUGCUGGAUAUCUUCAAAGCCAAAAUAGGCUGCCUGCUGACACCGCUGCCCCCCAUCAACAUCGCCAUCCGCUUCACCUACAUCCUGCAGGACUGGCAGCAGUACUCCUGGCCACAGCAGCCUCCUGACUUUGAUGCCCUGCUCACCGGAGAAGUCGGAGGCGUCGAGUUCGGCAAACUUCCGUUCGGCGCUUGUGAAGAUCCAAUAAGUGAGCUGCACCUCGCGACAACCUGGCCUCACCUGACCGAAGGCAUAGUCGUGGACAAUGACGUAUAUUCUGAUUUAGAUCCACUCCAAGCUCCCCACUGGUCCGUGCGAGUGCGGAAAGCGGACAAUCCCCAGUGUUUGCUCGGUGACUUUCUUCUGGAGUUCCUCAAGCUGUGCAGCCGGAAGGAGACGACGGAUGAGAUACUGGGAAGGAGUUCAGCCGAGGAGGAGGGCAAAGAAAACAGUGACAUCUCUCAAGCGCUGUCGAAGCUGACAGAGCCCACAGCGGUGCCCAUCCCCAAGCUGUCCGUCUCCAACAUGGUGCACAGCGCCCGCAAACGUAUCCGCCGACACCGUCGCAACGAUCAGUCGCCGCUUAAUAACGACGUGCUCAACUCGAUCCUACUGUAUCUCUUUCCAGAUACCGCUCUGGACAAAUCGGACUCGAACGAAGCUAAAGUGCCGCCUUCGAACCCGGGAGGAAAAAGUGAACAAGAUAAAGAAACGGAGGACUACAAUCUGUUCAGCACACUGAAGUCGGCUCCGUGGGACUGUCUGACCUACAGGCUGGCUCUGUGCGUGUGUUUGGUGAAUUUCUACCAUGGCGGUGUGAAAGCUGUGGCUCACCUGUGGCAGGAGUUUGUGCUGGAGAUGCGCAACUGCUGGGAGAACAAUUACCUCAUCUACGGGUUGCCUGCUGGUCCUCCUGAUCUGCGAUGCUGCCUUCUCCACCAAAAACUCCAGAUGCUUAACUGCUGCAUCGAGCACAAGAAAGCGAGGGACAGCGCUCGGAAAGAUGCGGCCAGUGAAAACGGACUCGUGGUGCCUCAGGCGUCACCGGGAAAGUCCAGGGACUCGUGGAGUGACAGCGAGGACGAGUUUUUUGAGUGUCUGAGCGAUGCCGAGGACAUGAAGGACGUGUCGGCGGAUGGAGUUAAAGGAGCAGCAGGCAAAAUAAAGCCUGAAGGUCGACUUCAGCCUCAUGGCAAGCUGACCCUUCUCAACUCGAACGAGCCGCUGUAUAUACCUGUCACGCAGGAACCAGCGCCUAUGACUGAAGACGUACUAGAGGAGCAGUCGGAGGUGCUGGCCAAACUGGGCACGUCGGCUGAGGGCGCUCAUCUCCGUGCCCGCAUGCAGAGCGCAUGCCUACUCUCAGACAUGGAGUCCUUCAAGGCGGCCAAUCCUGGCUGUUCCCUGGAGGAUUUUGUGCGCUGGUACUCGCCAAGAGACUACGUGGAGGAGGAAGUGAGUGAUGAUGCGGGCGGGACGGUGGUCCAGGGAUCCCUGAGUGCCAGGAUGAAGAUUCCGGGCAACAUGUGGGUAGAAGCAUGGGAGAGUGCCAAGGCCACGCCAGCACGCCGGCAGAGACGGCUGUUCGACGACACUAAAGAGGCCGAGAGGGUGCUGCACUAUCUGGCAGUGCAGAAACCUUCUGACCUCACACGACACCUGCUGCCCUGCAUCGUCCACGCUGCUAUACUGAAAGUGAAGGAGGAAGAAGUGGUUGAGGACAUCCCUUCGGUGCGGAAAAUCAUCCCUCAGGUCAUCUCUCAUGCCAGUAAGCUGCUUCGUCACCCCAGUCCUGAUCUCAAGAAACUAGAGGAUACUAUUAACCAGAUCACCAUGCUGGAGGCCACCAUUGCCCGAGCUCGCUCUCUCAGAGCUAAGUUUGGCCUGGGGAAAGGAGAGAAAGGAGAGGACACAGAGGAUCUCGAGCUGUUCGUGAGCUCUCUGUUAGAAGAGCCCGAGGUGGCCGUGAUUGGCGCAGGGCGGGGCCCGGCAGGCAGCAUCAUCCAUAAAUUGUUUGUCAGUGCUCAACGGCUGGCUGAUUCCAGUGAUGAGGCCACCCUGUUGGCGCCGUUAGAGGAUGAAGCAGGCCGAGUGGGCGGGCCUGAUGAGCGCAAGCCAGCAGGAGGCGGAGUUCCAGAUUUCCCACCCCCGGCUGGACGGGAGAUCCUACUGCGUACGUGCGUACCACGGCCGGCACCGUACUCCAAAUCCCUGCCCCAGCGCCUCUUCUGCGUCCUCAUGAGAGAAGAUUUCCGGCUAGCUGGAGCAUUCUCAUCUGACACCUCGUUCUUCUGAGGAGAACCGCGUGAAGAAUUGAGCAGAACGUUAAAUAGGCAGGGGUUUGUUUGUUUUUGUUUUUUUUAGACCGUAUGGGUUUUUUUGUUUGUUUGUUUGUUUUUUUUUUUAAAGCAAGGGGUUAAGAAACGAUCCCAUCAUAGUUCUUGCAGAACUACCGAAGUUGUCAAGGAGUUAAAAACAUUCAAAAUCUUUAUUGGUGGUGCUGCUUCUUGUUUCUCGAUCAGUUUCCUUUGGGUAACUCCACCCUUGAAUGCCAUUAUCACCUCUGAGCGAUGUUAAAAACCCGUUCGGUUGGAGUGAUAAACACGCCAGCCUGUCAGUUUCCCCUUCACAUAUUUGCAGCAUUCACUUUUUUUCAAUUAUGUUCAAGAUAUCAAGGCAGUGAUGAGGGGGAAAAAUAUUUUUCUGUUCAAAAUAUAUAUAUAUGUAUACCUUCUAGAUGGGCGUGUCAUGUUCAGACUGAAGUAAGAAGGUAAGGCAUUAUACAGAAAAGCCAAAGUGGAGAUUUACAACUACCUUGUACAUUUAUGUCUAUCAGUGUUCACAGAAAUAACCAGGAUGUUAUGGAGUAACUAGAAGAAUAACUACCCUCUAUUUUUGGUUGCUGUUGUUAAGCGUAGCCUUGUAAACUGAUUAAACAUCUAACAUCUCCAUGAAUCAUUCUUUUUUUUUCCUCGAUGUUCAUCUCUCUCUAUGUGCUGUUUUUCCUGGACCAAUCACAUUCUGCACUUUGUGUGUUAUGACACAGUAAACAGUCAAAGUAUAAGACAACGGCAACAACCCUGUAUAGUAGCCUUACAAAAGACAAGAGGUUGUGUAGUUGUAACUGAUAUUCAAUUGUCAAAUCGCACAGCACAACAUUUUCUCAGCUAAUCUUUAGGAAUAUGAGCGAAACUAGCCGAAGGGGCUGAAGUUAAACGUCGAGUCCACGUGUCGGGUCUUAAAUGUAAGACAUCUUUAGUUUAACGCUGUUCUUCAGAACUAAAUAAAAAUAUUUUAAUGU